UUUUUGUGUUUGUGUGUACCUGUGUGUCAGAUUCUUCUUCGACUUCUUCGGCGUCAGUUAAAUUGAAAAUUUAUAGUUUUUUUACUCACAUUUGAACAAUGGCAGGUCUUUUGGAUUUGUGCGAAAAGUACUUCGGUGCUCGUGAACUCUACGAAGUGUUGGAGAUCCCUAAAACAGCAGAUCAAAAGCAGGUUAAGAAAGCGUAUCACAAACUAUCUUUACUCGUACAUCCUGAUCGUGUCGAGGAAUCUGUUAAAGUCGAAGCUACGGAAAAAUUCAAAGUUCUUGGCAGAAUUCAUUCAAUUCUCAGCGAUAAUGACAAGCGUAAAAUUUACGAUGAAACAGGACAAUUCGAUGAAGAGAGUGAUGAAGUUGUCAUGCGUAAUUGGGCAGAUUAUUGGCGUACACUUUUUAAACCGAUUACAGUCAAAGACAUAAAGGAUUACGAAGAAACUUACAAGGGAUCUGAGGCCGAAAUAAAGGAUUUGAAGCGAGCUUAUAUGGACAGCAAAGGCAACAUGGACUAUAUUCUUGAAGCCGUUCCUUUUACAAACUGUGACGAAGAACCUCGUCUUCACGAUAUUAUUCAAGACCUGAUCGCACAGAAAGAGGUACCGGAAUAUAAAGCAUUCACUCAGGAAGAUGAGAAGAAAAAGCAAAGACGAAGACGAAAGUGGGCCAAGGAAGCUGAAGAGGCUGAACGAUUGGAGGAAGAGAAAAAAGCAUCGAAAGAUGGAAUGGACAGUUUGGUGCUUGCAAUUCAAAGUCGUAAUAAAAAUCGCGGCGAACAGUCUGAAAAUUUUUUUGAUUCCCUCAUUGAAAAAUAUUCAGCGAAGGCUGGUAAAAAAUCAUCGAAACGAACUGCUUCAAACAGCCCUGCUAAAUCGCCCUCUAAGAGCACGAGAAAAAAUAAGAAGAAGGCGUAAAUUUUAAAUUAGAGAUGUGUGGAGAAAAAAAAUUAUUUUCGUAAAUUCAACGCUUUUUUUAUUGUCACUUCUUAAGUUAUUCUUUUAUUAGUCAAUUUGGCACUUUUGUAAGUUAUAUAUUUCUAACUCAACUCUAUUGUUUAACGAUAAUAUUAUUAUUAUUAUUAUUAUAAACUUUACCAUUAAAUGCGUAUAGUUUUUUGCAAAAAAUUUUUUGUCUAAAUCUUACUUUCGUCAAAUGUAAAUAAAGUACCAUUCCUUUAAAGGUGGACUGUCUUUGUGUUCAAAUCUUAAAAUUUAAAUCUUAAUGUUUGAAUCUUAAAAUUUAAAUCUUAAUGUUUAAAUCUUAAUAUUUAAAUCUUGAAUGUUUAAGUCUUAAAAUUAUAAAUCUCAAAAGUUUAAGUCUUGAAAGUUCAAAUAUUUAAAUCUUUUAAGAUUCUUUUAAAGAUCAGAAGAGGAUAAUUUAUUCAGGAAAUAUUUAGUUUGCUGUAUUUAUUAAUAAUCGAGAAUUAAUAUUUAUAUGCACUAACUGCUAAAUGACAAAAGAGAUUCUAUUUUCCGUUUAAGAGUAUGUUUACGCAUAGAUUAAAAAUUUCUGUUUAUGCUUAAAAAAAGAAAGUAUUAUUUAAUUUAUUGUCAUUUUUACUUUUUUAUGUCAGUCUUUUUACUUUUAAAUUUUUCUUUCGAAAUCAACAGACUUUUGUUUCUAUUUACCGGUGCAGUUAAAAUACUAAAGACUGUUUUAUCAACCACAAUCAGAAUAGAAAACUUCUUUGAAAUCUUAUCUGUAAGCGAAUUUAUUAGCAAACCCGCUGGAUAAAAUAAAUGUUAACCCUACGUUUUUUCACUAAAAAAUUCAAAAAAGAAGAAAAAGAAAAUUAAAAAAAGAAAAAAAAAUAUUUUUGCUUAUUUGAAACCGAAUUUUCUUAAGUAUUUUACAUUAUAUAAAAAUAAAGAAAAUAAAGAUGAAUUAAAUUUUCCACUAUUUAUAAACACCUUUUUUUCAACUUCGUAAUUGUGAAUUAUUUUUGUGUAUUUAUUUUUCCAUAUGUGUAUAUUUAAGGGAGAUUAACGAUAAAGACGCCUUUCAAGAGGCUUCUUUAAUGCACUGCUGUAAGUCGGGUAGCGUUUGCCCUCAAAUUUCGUGCAGAAAAUAUAAUCUUUGAUUCAUAAAAAUAAUAAUUAAAAGAGAAUUCUAUUUUUUAAGAAUAGUUUUUUUUUGAGAGAAAACUGUAAAACAUUUGACAAUUUUAGUGUCUAAGAAUAAAUGUUAUAAAUUUUCGAGAUA